AUGAUUGAUAACCCUGAUAACUUGCAAAAUAAUAUCCAAACUUAAUAACAGAAUUUUUGCUGCGGGUGUCAAUGCUAAACCAAGAGUACAUAUUUUAGAAGUAGCAUUGAUCAAUCCAAUUAAUAACAACAAUUUAUAAUAAUUAACUAGGUACCAUUUCAAAGAUAAGUUUUGAACUAAGGCAAUAAUUCUUUCAUCUUGUACUAGCAAUAAAAUUAUGGUACCUAUUUGAACAAUAAUGAAAUAUCACAAAAGCAGGAAUCCUCAAAAUUAAUUUCCAGCAAGCAAUAAAGGCAUCUCGUUUGCGGUAUGCGAUAUAAAGAAAACUUUUAAACAAAUAGUGAGGGAUAGUAAAAUCAUAAAACUAUAAUUGAGCCUUCUCAUGAUAAGACCUAAAAUAAUUCAAAUAAAUCUAAAGAGAUCAGUCUUUCAUUAAAAAGUAGUUAAGAAAACUCAAGUCACGUUUAAUUUUAGAUGGUUGGCACAAAAAUAAGACUAGACAAUCUCAAUCAGAAGUAAUAUGAGACUGAAGAAGAAAAUUAGCGAUUAGAUAAGAGUAUAAAGAUGAUUUAUUUUGCAAAUCAACCAUAAUAAAAGAAGGGUUUGUGUUCAAUAGAUGUCGGACAUUUAAAUUCAGAGGACGAUCAGUCAAAUAAAAUGCUCCUUGAUCCUAUUGACAAUGAUAUAAAAAAAGAAGAUAAUUCAUCACACUCAGAUGUAGAUGAGCUUAUCAAUGUAAACGAAAUAAUAAGCAAGGAGAAAUUAUCAGAAAAGUCUCAGGAGGAAAAAUUGAAUUAAAUAUGGCAGAAAUAAAAAAAGCUUUUGAAGACAGGAGGCAAAGCCAAUAAAACUCUUAAAUCCAAAUUCUAAGUAUAAAUACUUAAUAAAGAGUAUUAGAAAAAUCAGGUGUGGAGCUAAAUCUUUAUAGAUGAAAUAAGUAAUAAAAUUGGACUUAGAAGAUAGCAAGUUUAUAAAUGGUACUGGCAUCGUAGAGAUGAGUACUUGAGACAACUCAACUACCGCCGAGAAAGAUUAGAAAUAAUAUACAAAAGAAUUUUUAAAGUAGUCAAAGUUGAAAAAAAUCAGCAAAAUAAAAGAAUCAGCAUCGAAACACCAGUACAUGAAAAAGCAGAGAAAUUGGAUAUAUGGCAAGUACAAAAAAAUAAAUGA